UCGUUCUAGUUUUUUCCCUUCGUGUAACAUAGUUCAUGAGUUUAGGAGCUCGAAUUUCGAGGCUCACAACCUUGCCAAGCAUGUUUUGACACUCGGUUUCGGUCGCCACGUUUGGUUGGGCCAACCGGUGGGUUGUCUUUUGUACCUGUAAACAUUCAAGGUUCUGAAUAAAGCUUGGCAAGUUUGUCAAAAAAAAAGCAAGUACACGAGAGGAGCCGGCGAAGAAGGCCAUCCAGUGGAUCAACGAACUAGCGGCGGCGGCUACCUCUCUCCCCUAUCUCAUUCCUUUCCCUUUCCUUCAGUUCAUCUGUUCUUCCUCCAUUAGUGUAACCAUUCCUCUGUAAUCACCAUCAUGUAUUGAACCUUGUGUUGAAGUGAGAUUAAUCUAGAGGGAGAUCGCUACUUUUAUAGCAGCUGCUCUCCACCUCGCAGUCGCCCGCACACACAGAGCCUCAUCCAGCCAGCCACCUUCCACCUUUGAUCCGGAGCCACUAGAUCAAGAUCCGAUCGAGCCCUCCACGAGCACGGCCCCGAGCUACUCCCCUUCGCCCGCGUCGGAGCUUGCCGCCGCCGGCGACAGCAGCAGCAGCAUCGACCUCCCCUGCUCCUUCUUCCCUUCCCUCCUUCCUUUCCUCCUCGGCCUCCCCUCUCUCUCAUGCCCGGUACUUCUCCCUCUCUCUCUAUACAGGAAACCGCCAUGGCCUUGGAGCUUCACCAUGGUCCCGUCGCCUGGAUCCAUUGCGUCGCACCGUCCAAAGCCUUCCUCGCCCGGAUCCAGCCGCCUAGCUCGCCUACGCCUCCCCGCCAUGCUCCCCGUCCUCCGCCCAAGUCUCUCCGCGCCAAGCCCCCUCCAGCCGCGGGUCUCCUUCGCUGCAUCGAGCAGCAUCAGUUCGGGCAGAGGAGGAUGGCGCCUCUGCCUUGACACCUCGGCCGUCACCGUUGACCGCGUCCGCGUGGGCUGCAUCCCUGCGAGGCCCAACCUCCCGCACUUCUCUAGGCCUGCCCGGCCUCCUCUCCACCGACGGGCCUCAGCCCAUGUUAUGCUUCUUCAUGAUAGUUCCGGUUAUGUUGCGAUUGUGAGCAUUCGUUCGACUACGUCCGUUCGUCUUCAUGGAUUCGGUGUUUUUCCUAGCGGGAUUUCGGGCAAGAUGACCGUUACCCUGGAUAUCACUAUCAUCUUUGCUUGCUAGUUGUCUCGAUGC